AUGGAACAAUUGAUUGCUUCAAAAAAGUACAAAGAAGCUUUUGAUGUUGUCAUUAGUGAACUUGAGAACGAUCCAGAAUCGAAGGAAAAACUUAAAGAAUUAUUUAUAUUUUUCAAAUUUAUGUUACUUCUUAGCGCUGAUCUACAGUCUCAAAAUAAAGAUCUUGAGGUUCUUACUUGCUUUGAAAUAGCUUUAAAAUAUUACGUUAAAGACAGUGAUCUUCUCACCGAACUGGGGUCAUUUUUUGCAAAGUGA